AUGACGGCAUUGGCGGACAAUGAAGCGGCAUCUUUUCCCUCCCACGGCCCCGAACGACGGUCCAUUCCCAAGAAACUUGAGACACUCACUCAAGAAAUCAAAUCCGCCUAUGACAAUGAGCUGACGGCCAUUGCAAGGCGCAUGGGAAUUGACGACACCAUCUCCAAUGUCAGAGCCGAAUCCUUGCGAUCCAAGACGAUCCGAGAACUCUUGGAUCCACAACCCGACAAUCCACUACUAGUAACAACACCAAAACCAGUGCUGUCUUCCAUCAAACUCCAUGUCAUUCAAUCCUGGAACGAUUUGCUGGAUGCUCUGAUCCAGCACAAUGUGUUUUUGGAUUACUGUCAUUCCAUGGAAGAAGCCUUUCGAGAAAUCGAAGAAACACCGCCUCCCGAAGAGACAACCCCCGAAGCCACAAUGGCAGCUAGUGUGGUGUGGUUCCGACAUCAAUGGAAUCUCGUCAGGCUAUUGACGCAUACCGUCGUGAAUCAUUUUCGAGACAAUUGUACCGAAUGUCGAUUCGUGACUUUGCUGGAAGUC